AUGUGCAUCCGAGACGUACGCAUCUAUACAUGCCUCGGCGAGGAGGAGCGCGACGUCAAGACGCACGUCGAGAAGGUCAAUAUUCUCUGCGCCGCCCUCGAACCCUGUCCCGCCGACCUCUGGGACCGCCGCGAAACCCGUCAUCCCUACGGCUGCCCCUCAUGCACCGGCCGGUCGUCUCUCGUCACGCCCGCCGGCCUUCCCGACGUUGUCGUGACCUGGACAACACCUCGCGACGACGACGUUGAUGCCCAGUUUGCCGACCGCUACGCCAGUGACUGGGCCUCGUACAUGCGGCCCCUCAUCGGCUGUCUCCUCACCCACACCUGGGGACCCCGCGGCGCUCUCUCCUGGGACGACAUUUACGCCGCCUACGCCUGGCUCACGCGCGAGACGGCCUGCAAGGAGCACAGCCACUGGCUCAACCGCUGCCGCUGCGACGCCAACGCUUCCGACGUCAAGCGGUUCCUCUACAACCCCGCCAUCGCCUUGCGCACCAUGGCCGCCACGCGCGCAGGCCAGCCGAUCCGCGACCUCGUCUACCGGCGCGACGCCGUGCACCCGAGCCGUCAUGCAGAAGUCAUCGAACGGGCGACUGCCGAGGCGGCGAGCGAGACGCGGCUGCGCAGGGAGCAUGCCGAGCGCAAAGAGGCGUUCCCGUUCUUCCGCGACGGCCGGGCGCGGUGCCAGCCGUACUGGGAGGCGCAGUUCAAGUUUCGCACGACGCUGCUCGAGCACCAGGCGCGCACGACGCUCCUGCUCGAGGACAGAGCGUCGCGGCCAUGGCACAGAGCGCUGGUGGGCGACGAGCCGGAGAUGCUCGACAUGGAGGCGCACGACAACGGGGUGAGGACGGCGGUGCUGCGGUACCUGGGCCACAUGAUGGUCGAGGACAUUGGGCUGUCGGACGCGCGGCUCCAGCUCGUGCUCGAGCGGCUCUUCGAGGUCGUGCCGGCGCCGUGGCGACGACGGCCGAGCCUGCCGGCCCUCGAGCAGCUCGCGAGCACCAUCACAACGCACAUGACGACGACGACGGCGGUGCGGCGCGGCCUCCAGGACGUCGACGACGCGUGCCGGACGUGGCUCGUGCAGCAGAAGAGCGACUGGUUCGGCAAGGAGACGGUCUACCAGCAGAGCCAGCUUCUCUUCUGGUUCCUGACGCGCGAGGUCACGGGCGCGCAGCUCCGCGCGGCGAUGCAGCCCCAGACGCAGGGCGGCGACGUGCCACGGGGCGGCGACGUGCCACAGGGCGCGCAGGACGUGCCACAGGGCGCGCAGGACGUCCUCUGCUGCCCGCUCUGCACGAACGCGUACUUUGACGCGGCGGACGGCGCCGAGCUCCUCGCGGCCAGCCCGGCGGGUCACGGCCAGGGCGAGAGUCACGGCACGUCGGUGCACUCGCGCACGUCGGCGGACGAGCGGUCGCGCGACAAGGAGGACUGGGCGUUCUACUACGAGCGCGACAGGUACUGCGAGGGCGAGGUGCCGGUGGAGAUUGUGCAGUGCGGGCACGUGUUUGGGGCGCGGUGCCUCUUCCAGCUGCUCGUCCGGCAGGGGCCCGAGACGGACUGGUCGUGCCCGGACUGCCGUCAGCGCUUUCAGUCGUGGGGCCGCCAGCCGCGGAUGGCGCAGCGGCUGCUGGCGGCUGUCAGGGAGGAGGAGGAGCAGCCAGCGGACGACGGCACGGUUGGGUAG